GGCAGGUUUUUCUGCCAUCGCUAGCCUGUUUUUCUGUGUCAUAAGUUACAAUCACUAGUGACUUUUCCUCUAUAUUCGUCCUCUGCAACGGUUCUUGUCUUGCGUGCGUUGUCUUUUUAUGUAUUCUAUGUCGUAAAAAUCUUUUUAUAUUUACGAUCAACAGGAAAAGAAUGCAACUUGGAGUUGUUGAAGCCUAAUUUUUUCAAUCUUCACCACAAAAUCAAUCUCUCUCUCUUCCACAGUUCAUUGUAAAUCAGCAAAAAUGUCUGAAAACACCACAAAAUCUCCCAUCAAAACAGUCGUUGUUCUAGUCCAAGAAAAUCGAUCAUUUGAUCACAUACUUGGAUGGAUGAAGUCCAUCAACCCCGAAAUCGACGGCGUUACGGGCAACGAAUCCAACGCUUUAUCCACAUCCGAUCCUAACUCAACCCGAAUUCACUUUGACAAUCAAUCAGGCUAUGUCGAACCAGACCCGGGUCACUCGUUCGAAGCGACAUAUGAACAAAUAUAUGGUGUGCCAUGGAAAGAGUCCCAAAAUCUCCCUCCAACAAUGGAAGGAUUUGCCCAGCAAGCAGAAACUAUACAGAAAGGGAUGGCUAAUAUAGUAAUGAAUGGAUUUAAACCAGAUUCUAUACCUGUUUACAAAGAAUUGGUGACUGAAUUUGCUGUGUGUGAUCGGUGGUUUUCUUCAAUUCCGACAUUGACGCAGCCAAAUCGGCUGUUUAUACACUCUUCAACUUCCUAUGGCGCCACAGCUAACGACACAAAAAUGCUUGUUCAAGGGUACCCACAGAAGACGAUUUUUGAAUCAAUUGAAGAAAAUGGUUUCUCUUUUGGGAUUUAUUAUCAGUUACCUCCUUCAACUCUCUUCUACAGAAAUCUCAGAAAACUGAAGUACAUGGAUAAUUUCCAUCAAUUUGAUCUUCAUUUCAAGAGGCACUGCGCGGAGGGAAAACUACCAAACUAUGUAGUAAUUGAACAGAGAUAUUUCGAAACUAAAUUGUUUGCAGCAAAUGAUGAUCACCCUUCUCAUGAUGUAUCUGAAGGACAAAAAUUUGUGAAACAAAUCUAUGAAACACUAAGAUCAAGUCCCCAAUGGAAUGAAAUUCUCUUCGUAAUCAUAUAUGAUGAACAUGGUGGUUUUUAUGAUCAUGUUCCAAUCCCAGUUGAGGGAGUUCCUAGUCCUGAUGACAUUGUCGGUCCUGAACCGUACAAGUUUAAGUUCGAUUGCCUUGGUGUUAGGGUUCCCGCAAUUUUGAUAUCUCCUUGGAUUGAACCUGGAACAGUGUUACAUAGGCCUUCUGGACCAUACCCUACUUCAGAAUUUGAGCAUUCCUCAAUUCCGGCAACUGUUAAGAAGAUUUUCAACCUGAAAGAGUUCUUGACAAAGCGAGAUGCAUGGGCAGGCACAUUUGAAACUGUCUUAAACAGAACUACCCCAAGAACAGACUGCCCCGUAACUCUGGCGGAACCAGUGAAAAUGAGGGACACUGAACCAAAUGAAGAAGCACAGCUAACAGAUUUCCAAGAAGAACUGGUGCAAAUGUGUGCAGUGUUGAACGGUGACCAUGCAAAGGACAUUUAUCCCCACAAAAUAGUCCAAGACAUGAAAGUUGUUGAGGCUGUUAAUUAUAUUGAAAACGCAUUUCAGAAGUUUAAGGAUGAUUGUGAUCAUGCCAGGAAAAAUGGAGCUGAUGAAUCCCACAUUGUUAUCCUUGAAAAUCCACCGACAAAAAUACGCACUUCCAAGACCAUAGCGAAAGAGAUAUUUUCGUGUUUAACGUGCAGCCGCGAUUAAAACAACCAAUUUUAUCGGAAUAUUCCGAUGUUGUUGGUUACCUUUCAAUAUUUGUCUCUACUUGAUUUUAUAUUACACCAGUUCAUCAACCUAUGAUUUUCUUACAUUGUUUGCGUGCUUAAAAUUUAGGUUUGGAAGGGACAAAGCAUAUUUUAUUUAUGUUUGGAUUUAUUUGUAUAUUUCAAUUAAUUCAUUUUACUUC